AUGCCGACUAAAAAACAGAAAGGAAAAGGAAAAGGAAAAGGAAAAAAGGAGAGAGGAAACGCACCGUCAACAUCAUCAUCCUCAUCUUCACGGGAACCAGCUAUGGACGCCUCUGCCCUUGCCGACUUGCUGGAGUUGGCUCUCCUCUCCCGCUCAGGCUUAUGCCCCCCGCCGUCGUCGGGUCCCCUCCUCAAAACCGAAGCUCUUCAGCAGUACACCUUGGAUGGCAUGAAGCACACUUCCUCGAUUUCUGAGAAUUGGGACACAUCAGAGGACAAGAUUGACGCGGGCUACGACGACUGCGGGGAUGAGGGCACCGCCAAGACGAAGAACACGGCCGACAGUGUUUACAUGAGGAUGCCGAUGCAUGGGGCGGCGAAGGAAGACAUUGAGGUGAGGGUGGACGGCUCGGUGCUCCUGGUGGAUGCAAAGGAGGCAGGCAGCGAUCGGAUUGUGGGGAGGUACAUUGUUGAGCUGCCUAUACACCAGUGCAAGCUCGAGGAAAUUAAAGCUGUGAUGGGGAAUGAUGGGGUGCUCCAGCUGGAGAUUCCAAAGAAGAAGAAGAAGAGUGAGGCGAUCGAAGUGAUUAUCAAGUAA